AUGAGCUCUGAAGCCCAUGGGCCCAAGGUUAAGGGAAGGGGAGGCUCGAUGGGUCGCAAGCGGUGCAUAUAUAAAGCACUGGGUCUUGAUGUCGAGGGCGUCGAUUCCUGCAUCCCGUUGGCGUUCUUCCGGUGUGCUUUCGAGUUUCCCGGACGGCCAUGUCACAGCGGUACACGGUCCAAGCCACCAACAAUGCAAUUAUCUCAUCUUUGGUCUAGACAGAAACUUAUAUAUAACAUGAAGCAUCUGAACAGAGUCACUCUGGUUUAUUUAUUGACGGGUGCGACCGGGCUUUCGAUAGCCCUGGCUGCCUAUCUGACUAAAAAUAACGAAAUAAAAUAUAUAUAUCACUACGACAGGAACGUUCCCAAACAUUGA